AUGAGGUAGGUAGUGGAUAACCCAGCUCACACAGUUCACAGCUUCACCUCAUUCAUCUUCUUCAUCUCUUCUCCAAAAUCCAAAAAUGGAGUCCAAUUCCCAAGUACCACCACCAUCAUCAGAGAAAGACAACAACGUUGACCAGAAACCACUCCCAUCAGAACCAUCACCAUUCGCAGUAGCAUCACUCUCCCUUUCACUCUCCACCAUCCUCCCCUUCGUCCAACCCAAAUUCCCAUCAUCUUCUUCCCCACAACAACAACCCAACAAGGUCAAAGUCCCAACCCAAGCCUCCACCCUCACCCACCUCUCACUCUCCACCACCACCUCACCCUCGCCGCCCAAAUCCUCCUUCAAAUCCACCCUCUCCGCCAACCCCCUCCGCGCCCCUCACUCCUUAGGCCCCCACCGCCCCCUCGACCCUUCCAACGCCGCCGCACUCCGCCGCGCCUCCAUCGUCUGGUUCCGCAACGACCUCCGCGUCCGCGACAACGAGACUCUCAACACCGCCAACAACGAAUCGGUCUCAGUUCUACCUGUCUACUGCUUCGACCCUGCGGAUUACGGGAAAUCCUCAUCUGGGUUCGACAAAACCGGUCCCUACCGUGCUGCUUUCCUCAUCGAAUCGGUCAAGGAUCUUCGGAAGAAUCUUCAGGCAAGAGGGUCGGAUCUCGUUGUCAGAGUUGGCAAGCCGGAGACUGUGUUGGUGGAGCUGGCGAAGGCUGUUGGUGCUGACGCUGUGUAUGCUCACAGAGAGGUUUCGCAUGAUGAGGUGAAGGCGGAGGAGAAGAUUGAGGCGGCGAUGAAGGAGGAGAAUGUGGAGGUGAAGUACUUUUGGGGGAGCACUUUGUACCAUGUUGAGGAUUUGCCUUUUCAGUUGGAGGAUAUGCCUUCUAACUAUGGAGGGUUUAGGGACAGAGUUCAGAAGUUGCAGAUAAGGAACACCAUUGAAGCUUUGGAUCAGCUCAAGGGUCUUCCAAAACGAGGUGAUGUUGAGCCUGGUGAUAUUCCCUCAUUGAUGGACCUUGGUCUUAAUUCACCCGCCGCAAUGUCACAGGAUGGGAAGCCAGCCGCUAGUAGUACUAUGGUAGGAGGGGAGACUGAAGCGCUGCAGAGGCUCAAAAGAUUUGCAGCUGAGCUUGAAGCUCAACCACACAAAGGGUCUAAGAAUGGAACACAAGAUAGUAUAUAUGGUGCCAACUUUUCUUGCAAAAUUUCUCCAUGGUUGGCAAUGGGAUGCCUCUCACCUCGAACAAUGUUUGAUGAGCUAAAGAAGACCACCAGCAGAGCCAUAUCUGCUUCGUCAAAUGGAAAGGCUGGUGGCGGUGGCUCAUCCAACACGGGAACCAAUUGGUUGAUGUUUGAGUUGCUAUGGAGGGACUUCUUUAGGUUUAUUACCAAAAAAUACAGUUCUGCAAAGAAACAGCUGGAAGCUGCUCCAGUCACUGCUUGUACGGGUGCACUUGCUUAAGCUACAAGUUCUGACGAACAUAAGAGAGUUUGUUCAAGGAUGGGUAUUGGAUGAACAAGAUUCGGUUCCCCGGAAUUUGUAUUGUAACUAGCAAUUACAUUGUUUCAAUAUGGAAGCUUUACAUUAUUUUCUGGAUGGCAAGUGUUAACAAUGUUUUGGGAGAAAUUUCUAAAUGGAUGGAGUUACCAUGGGAUCUGUAUUUUUUAAAAUAAGGCCAAGGUGAUGGUUUUCGAAUAUUUGGUUCAUUAGUUGUGAAAAUAAGGAAGGUAAGUGAGUAAGAACUAAGCUCCCAAUUGGAUCAAAUUUCAAAAGAAUUUUGUACUAUAUUAAACAUGUGAAAUGUUGUUCAUUUUGAGAAUGUAAACAGUUGGAUGAAAUAAAUUGUUAAGACUA